CAUGUGGAGAAUAAUUUGUAACUUCAUUUUUCAUAAAACGAUUCAAGCUACAUUAUUCUAUCUCGACCAAGUAGUCUUGGGACUGCACGUCAUGAAUAUCACCAGACUUUUAAAAUUAACACAAAUCUUCAGAAUGAAGGUCACGGGGUCGAAUAUUACAACAAACGAACCCGUUUUGUUUAUACGUCACCACGAGCUGUAAACAAGCCAGCAAGCUCGCGCACAGGAAGCGCAGUAAUUCAGUACAUUUUUACGAUUCCCAGUGAUUUCUGUUGGGAGGCGUAUUUUUCUGUUGUUGGAAUUACACCGUUUAUCAUUGUGGCGAGCAAUUAAUUCCUUCAAAUUAUUUAUUUCGCGCAUUUUUGCACCGGGUGGAGGUGAACAGAAGUGUGAAGUUGGGCUCGAUGAGUGAAACUCAACCGACAGAAGCAGAGCGACUGUGAUGUUCGUAGGCUGUAUAUUUAACGUUAUGUGGAUCAGCUCUUAGUGUUUUAUUUAUGAUAAAACUACAGCUUUUCAUCGCAGGCAUGUCUUUUAGAACGUCGUCAGAUUUUCAAGUAACAUUGUGAAACGUUUACAGUUGUCGAGUUUAGCAACGGCUUGUUCAGGCAUGUUAACUUAAGCAGUUUCGCUGGAGGAAAAUAUACAAUAUUGGAACUGAAAUUCUAUUGCCACUAUGAUAUUUUUGCGUUCAUCUAUGUAAUUAUUUUUUACAAUAUAUUUUUAUUUCUUUUUUGUCAUUGUCGGGUGUGUCCAGCUAAGUGACAGUUACUUCGUUUGUUUCGAUGUUUAGUAACACCUCAAUACCGGUUUGAUGAGACAUUUUUUGUUUUAUAUGUUAAAUCAAAAUUUUUAUUAAUUAUACAAAAUGUCUGAUGUGUGAAUACACUUGUGGCAUUGUAACACGUUGUAGAUAUUUGACAGCUUCGAAGUAAGUAGUUAUUGCCCUUGUACACGAACACUCGAAAUAUUUGUAUAAUUAAUAUACAGACACCUUAAUGUUUAAGCUUCUUAGUAGGUAAUAAAGAAACAAUAUAGUCAUGACAGCUGUGGUUGGGCGAGUUUGGGGGUGGGUAAAUCCAACCAAUCUGUACUCCACCUGGGGCAGUAAAACCAAGCCCUUGACAACUGACAGUCAGAGUAAAAGCAAGUGGGGCCUAUGGGGACUCACUUCCUGGGUUUGGGGACGCGAGAAAGCCACAAACCUAAAGACUGAGGAAUUCUGGACGAAGGGGGAGAACAUCCAACCUUUGGAAAUAGAAGAGCUGAGAGCAAUCAGGCCUGAGGUCGAGAUCGAGAGAGUGGGAGGCCAAAGCUCUUCCCGCUGGUGGAGAUGGCUGCAUCCAUCCAGCUACAUUUACUGGCCCGGAUGGUUGACAUCCACAUGGCUCAGGAAACAAAAAUGUGCCGGGAAGACUGAAGGGAGUUGGGAUUUUGAUGAAGUCGACGGGGAGUCCGACUAUGGAACCCCGCCACCGUCUCCAACACCGCUGUCCCGAAAGGAACAUGCAUUCCAAUUCUUCUCUCGCUCGUGGAAGGGAGAGGUUUUACCAGAACACUACGAGAUUUGCUUUAACUUCCUCCGACAUCUUUUUGACUUGUUUGUGGUGGGCUUCCUGACAACUGUGUCCCCUCCGUCCAAGUUAAUUUUGGAUGUUCUUGGGGUCCAGGGGGCCCUGAAACUGUGGCUCCAUGGCAUGGCCAUGUUUCUAGUAGCAUCUGUCGGGAUGGCAGGGCUGCUGUGGGUGGUGCAGGAGUACCUGCCUCAUUUUGCUUUGAUCUACGGGAUCGUGCAAGCUCUGGUCAUCUCUGUCAGUGCACGCCAGAGUGAAUAUGAGGAGAAAGAGAGCGAUGAGAAAGUUGAUGAUGAGGUGGAGGAGGAGGAAGACAAUGAGGACACAGUGGAGCAGAAUGUCCUGCAGCAGAUGGUCGAAACAAAGAAGUUAAAAUAAGGUGUUCACACUAAGUUCCUGGGGAAAGUGUUUUGGCAUUCUGAUUGAUCCUGCGUUGAGAUCUUUGAUUUGGAUACUACGGAUAGACAUCAUCACUCUAAAAGGCCAGGAGAGAUGAAAGAAGGUCAUUCAUCUACCAGCACCUCUUUCUCCACCACUGAAAGAUAUUAUUUUCCUAACAUUCAAAGGGUUAUAAUAUGUCUAAAACUAUGGUAGUAUACAGCAUUGCACACCAGCAAAAGGAUAAGUGAUUAUAACUGCAGUCUAUUGACAGCAAGUCACACCAUUACAGCGAGGAGAGAAGGCUGUCAGGAGACGAACUUCAGGAGACGAAAGGAGUAUGUACAGUGCAGAACCGAAGAACCAGCAUUGAUAGAUUGAUUGUCAGGGAAUUUUAUUGACUGUAUAAAAAGACACGAUUUUCAAAAAGAUUUUCAGUUGAAGUUUGGUGACUCCACAUUUUAUGAACUGUACAUCUGCAUGGGUCACUUUAGUCGUAGCUAACAGUUUCCUCUUACAGAGUGUUCAUUUCCCAUCUGAAAGCUAAUGUCCUGUUAUGUUUAAUGGAUGAGGUCCAUUGUUACUCCCAUCAUUUAUGCAGUCCAUUAGUCAAAUCACUCGCGUUUGUUGGUGAACUUGGAAGUGAUUUACAAAGAAAAAUCUUAAUCCAUUUAUACAGCAAACAGAUAAUUGACCACUAUAUUAUUCUGUAACAUUAUAAUUGAUCCUAUUUCAUUUAACUUGGUGUUAAAAUGGGUACAUAAAUUGUUUGGUAUACCUUAUGCUUUGGGUGCGUCACGAAAACCACUCAUCGUUUGACUUAUAUUUAUAUACGCUCUUUUACAGCAUCAACUCAAUGUCUUCAAGUUUAUUAUCCAUUCAUUUAUAUGUUAGGUCAUUUUCAUGUUGUUCUGAAUGCUUCUGUUGUGCCUAACAGUACCUGGUACAUUGGCCAGUUGAGAUCGAAUCGUGGGUAAAUUAAAAGUGGUUUUGCACAACGGUGUACUGACAGCUGAAUACCUAAUGCUUUGUUGCACAACGUGUUUAGUGUGCUUGCAAGAAUUGCUUUCUCCUACCGAACUGCGUUAUCUAUGCAUGAUUAGCACAACCCUGCUCUUAGCCAAUGAAAAGCUUUGUAUCUUGUGAAACGCUUGUCUUUUGUUUUAUAAAUGGCCUGUUUACUUCAUGGUACUGGUUUAUGAAUUUCUAGAUUAUUCUAAUGUUAUUUAAACAUGAAAAACUAGUGUAAUAAAUGUUGGUUCUUUGGAGCUUUUUAAACAAUGCAAGAGUAUGUGCAACCUUUGAAAUGUCUUAUUUUUGUAAGUCUGAAUUCAUUGUAGUGCGGGUCACAGCUGUGAAUAUAAAUAUCUGCUGUAUAUAAUGGAUUGAUGUUCUGUACCCUGACCGAAGGGAGAUGGGUUGAUUAUUAGUCUGGGACAGGGAUCUACAUUUCUUAAUUUACAUCUCCAGUUCUUAAGUGCUGUACACUGAGCCUUUAAUCGUCCUCACAGCUUAAAUAAACAUUCUUUCUCACA